UGCACGCCGUACAGACGUGACGUCAUUGCUAUUCGUAUUUUGGAUUGUUUUCGCGGGUUGACUAAAAAAAAAAAAAGGCCGUAUAAACGGUUCAUUUUGUAAACAUUAAGUUGUUAUAAAGCUGCGGGGAUAUGGAUCGUGGACGGCUUAGCCGAGCAAGCAGCAGACAGUCGGAGAUACCGAUGAGGGUCCAAGACAGCAACAGGAUGAGCAUGGUGUACACAACGCCUCAGAGUAAACAGCCUUCCUUUGGAAAGCUCAGCCUAUCCAAACCCUCAUCUGUGACCUCUGAAAGGAGGACCAGCUUUUUUGGGCCCCGGACUAGUGGUGCCAGCAUGCAUCUCAACAGUAUCAUGCCAGGGUUUGGAGGAACUGAGAAGCUCAAAGAUGCUAGACCCCUCCAUGAUAAAUCCUUUGUUCAGCAAUGUAUCAGGCAGCUGCAUGAGUUCUUGACAGAACAAGGUUACCCGGGUAUGUUGUCAGCCAAAACUCUUCAGUCGCCCUCUACCAAGGAGUUUGUAAAGAUGUUUGAGUUCAUUUACUGCCAGCUCGAUCCGACGUUCAAGAUGCCAAACUCCAAAGUGGAAGAGGAGGUUCCAGCUAUGCUCAAAGCAUUGAGGUAUCCUUUUGUUCUCUCCAAGUGCUCAAUGUAUUCGGUUGGAGCUCCACACACCUGGCCUCAGGCCCUGGGUGCUCUCAUGUGGCUCAUAGAUAACGUCAUGAUCAGCUGGAGUUUGAAUAAGCAGGAGCUUCUGUUGAGUGAGUUCUGUGAGGAGGCAGACAUAAUCGAGGAAGGGGCCGAGUAUAACAAGCUUUUCCUUGACUACAUGGCUGAUACCUACUCCAAGUUCAUGCACGGCGAAGAUGUUUUUGAGGAUGAAGAUGAGGCGUUCUUCACCAAACUGAAGCGGCUUUACAACAUUGAUGAGGCUCUGCUGGAAUCGAUGGAGGAGAAACACAGGUUCCUCAGUGUGGAAGUGGGGCGUCUGGAGAAAGAGAAUCAGGCAGAUCCUCUGAUGGCGAAGAGGAUGGAGAAGGUGAAACUGCAGACGGACCUUAAUAAGCUGCAGAGUUAUCGAAGCAACAUGGAGUCAUUUAAAGGCAACCUGGAGAAGAAAGCCUUAGAACUGACUGAAGAGCUGGAGACCACUGUCAGUCAUCUGGAGACUCUAAAGCAGGAGAGGAACGAGCUUCAGCACCUCCUGCAGAACCAAAAGUUUACUCCAUCUGAUGUGGAGAGGAUCAACAGAGAGAAGAGCGAGCUUCAGCAGACCAUCACCAGUCUCAGCAAGUCUCUUGAGGACGCCGAACAACAUAGGUGGAACGAAGAAAUUGCUCUGGCGAAAGUGAUGGAGACGGUGGAGCUGAAGCUGACCGAGUACAACAAGCUGGCCCGAAAGCUGAAGCUGAUUCCUCUCUCCGCAGAAAACGCCUGCGGCCACGAUUUUGAAAUCAGGUCGUUUGAAUGUGGAUCCGGCAGCGGAGUUCAGCAUAAAACACAGAUCCAGAUCCUUCUGAGAAAGCUGAUCAGUAAUGUCGAGGAAGAAAACAGCCGAUUAACAAACCUAAAACUAAGCCUGGAGGAGUCGUCUGAACAAGUCAGUUCCAACAUCGUGGAUAUGUUCAACGAUCUAAAGCAGAUCAGAGAGCAGAUCCGCAAGCUGGAUGAACGGCUGGAUGGUAACAUGCAGGAGCUGGCCCGAGAGGAGCAGGAGUGGGCAUCAGAGAUGGAGUCUUUGGAAAACCACCGCAAGCUUCUUGAGAAGAAGAUUAAUUAUGGCUAUGAUGAGGCUGUGCAACAACUGAAGGCAGAACAACAACAGUACCACCUCGUCGUACAGGAGACGAACGAAGAGAGGAGAACAGUGGCCAAUAACCUAGCUUCUGUAUUUACAACAGCUGCAAACUAUCUGUCCAUUACUGAGAAGCAUCUGGAGGAUCUGCACAGCAAAGUGCAACGCAUCUGCUGCAAGGCCGUCGAAGAGGACAAGGCAGCUGUUCAGAAGCUGUGGGAGCUUUUAAAGAGCUCCCAGUCUGCGACUAACUGUUUAUAAAGAAAAAUAAUAUCUACCUGCUUCUGUGUUUGUACAAAAGAUUCCCUCCCACCAGCUCUGUUUCAAUUUGUAAAUAUAUGUUAUAUAUAACUUUAUGUUGUUAUUUCAAGUUUUCAGCUCCUGUAUUUGGAUUUUCUACUGAAAAUGCUAAAAUCUAUCAAACAACACCAACAUUUUAAAGUGCUUUUUCUGUGUCCUUUAGUCAGGAUUCCUUUUCUUUCCUUAGUUCCUAGAUAUGUGAUGCUGCAAUAAACCACUAGAUGGCAGCACAGUUUUACUGACCGCUCAGACUUCUCUGUUGGUUUUGUGUUGGCUGAAAGUCAGUCUGUUUUGUUAAUUUUUAUAAAUAAAUAAAAAUCUGCUAAAUAAACUUAUGAUAUUAAAUAUUUAA